CCUCUCCCCCAACUUGUGGUCGUCAUGGCCGUACGCGUGGCCCGCUCUUGCACGAAGUGAUCGGGCAGCCGUAGACGACCAUGCGGGCGACGGUCCUCGCCCUUGCGGCGACAAGAGCGGCGACGGACUGCCCCAUGAGCGUGACGGUGGACGGCACGGCGUACACCUACGACCUCGACGACCAGUGGCGGAGCGUGCGGUGGGACCUCUUCGCGGCGCGGACGAUGGUAGCGGCGCUGCCGGCCAUCGCCGGCGAGGGCUGUACGGAGCGGGCGUGCACGGUGGACAAGGUAGCGGAAGCGAUGGUGCGGAGACGGGCGGAGUGCGACCGCGGCAACGCGGAGGUGCCCCGCAUGGCGCACCGCGUGUUCGCGGACCUGCGCAACACGUCACAGGAGGCCGCCGGCGCGUUUGAGGCGUGCGUCCAGCUGAACCCGGCGUGGGAGUUUAGGGCUUGGGAGGAAGCGGACCGGUGGCGGGAGCUGGGCGGCGUCCUGCUGGACGACGGCGCCGAGUGCGUCGCGCCGUUCGGCGAGGGAGACGCGGGCGUCGGCGCGUACGCGUUCGCGGGCGGCGCCGCGGCGCCGCCGCACUUUUCCGGCGACGCGCCUCGGCGCGAGACGUACGCCGCCGUGCGGCCGGGCCCGCCGUUCCCAAGGGCGGGCGGCGCGCGGGUCGAGGCGCGGCGCGGCCCGCUGACGAAGCUCAAGGGGUUUUUCGGAAGCGCGGACCCGGCGCGCUGCGCGCACCUCGUGCAACUGGCGGGCCCGCCGUCGACCGACCCGCGCCUCCCGGACGACGCCGCGCCGGCGGUGUGCCUGGACGACCUCGAGCCGCCCUGCGUCGUCUACAGCUUCGGGGUGGCCGACAGCUGGACCUUCGACGACUUCGCCGCCGCGCGGGGCUGCGAGGUGUUCAGCUUCGACCCCGCCAUGGCCCGGCAGGGCGCCUUCCGGAGGGGCGCGCUCAUUCGCUUCGAGCCCGUGGGCGUCGGCAACGAGACGCUGGCGUUUUACAACGGGUCCGACUCGACGUCGCUGUUCGGCGGCGCCGCGGCGGGGUACCCCGUCGAGACGCUCGCCGACAUCAUGGCGCGGCACGCGCACCCCUUCGUGGACGUGGUGCGCAUGGACAUCGAGGGCGCGGAGUGGCCCGUGCUCGCCGAGAUGCUCCGCGGCUCCGUCCGCAGGAUCGGCCAGCUGCUCCUCGAGGCGCACUUCUGGGACGAGAUCCGGGACAACGCUUCGGCGUCUUCGCGCAAGGCGGUCGAGGCCCUCCCGCUGCUCGAGGCGCUGCCCCUCGGCCUCUUCGCCCACGCGGUGAAUCCGUACGACGCGACGUUCCUGGACGAGGAUUUGACUCGCAUCCACGAGCUCGGCCUGCGGCGGCCGCCCCCGACGCCCCGCGCCGCGACGUGGGCGGUCCUCGGCACGGGCCUCGGCGGCUUCAUCGUGGCGUCGACGGUCUCGGCCCACGCCUCGGCGGAGCUCGCGGUCGUCGGUACGCGCUCCUCCGCAAACUGCGCGGCGAAGUGGGGCCUGCCAACGUCGCACUGCGUCGGCUACAAGGAGGCCGCGACCGCUUUCGUGGACGUCGUCUCGGUGCACGUUCCCACGGCCUUUAAGAUGGCGUGGGCGCUCGAAGCGUGCGUCAACGGGAGCGCGAGGGUCGUGCUCGUCGACAAGCCGUUUCCGUCGCUCGCGGCCGUCGCGGAGCUGAGGCGAGCGUGCGCGCGGCGCGGCGCCCAUGUCGCAGACGGCGCGGCCUUCCCGUACUCGACGGCGCUGUCCGAGGAACUGGGCGGGCGCCCGCGCCGCGCCUCCUACGCGUUCCACCUCGACCUGUGGCCGGAACGUCGCACGACGCGCCGCCGGCCGCUGUCCGAUGCGGUCGACUACCGGGGCGCACCGGGUCGCCUCAACCCGGCGCGGGAGCCGUCGGGCAUCUUCGGCGACCUGGCGUACUACGCGUUCCUCGGGCUCGGGGCUGCGCUCGGGGAGGCUUUGCCGGACGCCGUCGAGUGCCGCGCGCAUCGCUUCGACGCCGAGACGGGCGCCGCCGUCGACGUCUCCGGGAAACUGGGGGCGAAUGCCACGUUCUCGGUCUCGUACGCGGCGACGCCGCGCGACGAGCUCGAGGUCCUCUUCGAGGCCGGCGGCGUGGUCGCGAGCGGAGUCGUGGGCGGGGGUGAUGUUCUGGACGUCCUGCGCCACCGCUUCGCCGACGGUACGACGUCGGACGCGGUCUUUGAGCGUACCCAGCCGCGCCACGGGGCCGCGGCGAAACUCGUGGACGCGCUGUCCAAGCUGUCAAUAGGCGAUCGCUCAUCGGCCGCGGCGCGCGGCGCCGCGAGGAGGGCGGAGCGAGCCCAGGCCCUCGUCGACGCGUGCGCGCGCUCCGCCGCGACGUACGACGGGGGCGCCGACCGCCGUGGCCUGAGCGCGGCCAUCCCGCGCGCGGCGGAGUACCUGCGCACGGGCGUCGCGGCACUCGACGCGCCUCGCCUGCCGUCCGGACUCCUCGCGGAGCUCCGGCUCGGCCUGGGCGCGGCGUUGGCACUGCGACCGCGAUCCGUCGUCUACGACGACGCGCAACGGCCGAGGCUCAAGACGUCGCUUUGCUCGCGCUGGGAAGGCACGCGGCGGCCCUGUGCUGCGUUGGGUCCAAGCGCCCUCUCCACCAAGCUCGUCGACGCGAUGAGGGAAAGCGUCCUGCCGGCGGCGGUCGCCGCGGUCGGCGCGCCGUGCGAGCUGCUGUCGGUCAGCGUGGACGUCGCCGGGGGGUUGAGCAGGGCGCAGCACCCGCACUGGGACCCCGUUCCCGCGCAGUGGGACGAAAAGAGUGUGCAUUAUGUGUUUGUGCCCCUCGCCGACGUGGACGAGGCGAAUGGCCCGCUGGAGGCGUGGCCGGCGACCUCAGAUAGACGCGGCGACGCGCUCGCCGAGCUGGCGGGGAGGCCGGUCGCUGCCGCGUGGCGCCGUGGGGGCGGGCCCCUGCAGGCUUGGCCGGUGGACGACGAAGCGGAGGCGUACUUUCGGAGCGUCCCGUCCGCGACGCUCGUAGCGAAGGCGGGCCUCGCCUACCUCGCGCGGCCGAUCGUCUGGCACCGCGGCUCGGCCAACUCGAAGUUUACGGCCCGCUUCGUCGCCACGGUCAUUCUGCGAGAGAUACCGGGAGGUUAA